AUGUCUGGUCGCGGAAAAGGAGGCAAAGGGCUGGGCAAAGGAGGAGCGAAGCGCCAUCGUAAAGUGCUCAGGGACAACAUCCAAGGAAUCACCAAGCCGGCAAUUCGUCGUCUUGCCCGUCGUGGUGGUGUUAAGCGCAUCUCAGGACUGAUCUAUGAGGAGACUCGCGGCGUCCUCAAAGUUUUCCUUGAGAACGUCAUCAGAGAUGCCGUCACCUACUGUGAGCAUGCGAAGAGAAAGACAGUGACGGCCAUGGAUGUCGUGUACGCUCUCAAACGUCAAGGACGUACGCUGUACGGUUUCGGUGGGUAA